AUGGAUGGCGAAAAUCGGAUUAUACUCAAUGUGGGUGGCAUAAGAUAUGAAACUUAUAAGGCGACAUUGAAGAAAAUACCCGCCACACGCCUUUCCCGUCUCACGGAGGCGCUGGCCAAUUAUGAUCCGGUGCUGAAUGAAUAUUUCUUUGAUCGCCAUCCGGGUGUAUUCACGCAAAUACUCAACUACUACAGAACCGGUAAACUACACUAUCCCACAGAUGUCUGUGGACCACUAUUCGAAGAGGAACUAGAAUUUUGGGGACUCGAUUCGAACCAAGUAGAACCAUGCUGUUGGUCCACCUACAGCAUACACCGUGACACACAGAAUACUUUAGCCAUUUUAGAUAAAUUAGAUAUUGAAAAUGAAAAACCCUCUGAAGAACAAAUUGCACGUCUAUUCGGUUUCGAAGAAGCACUGAUCAAUGGACGACUUAGCUGUUGGCAACGUAUUAAGCCGAAGGUGUGGGCGCUCUUUGAUGAACCCUCCAGUUCGACGGGUGCUAAAAUCGUAGCUAGUAUGUCGGUUUUCUUUAUAUUCGUUUCUGUGAUAUCGUUCUGCCUGAAGACUCAUCCGGGUUUUCGUGUGGACUUUCCCGCCACUCACACCGAACAUGGACCAAGUCCGUCGGCUGUACCGCACACGCCAUCCCGCACACAUAGCCACCACAGUGACAGCGGCACCGGUGCCAGCGGUAUCAACUAUACGCUGGCGCACACCUUUAAAGUCACAAAUUAUACAGCGCCGGGUAAUGCCAACACCAGUCAGUUCAUUGCCACAUUCACGCUGAAAGGCACCGGCGGUGGCGGUCUAUCCAAUCGCAAUCGCCUGAAACGUUCCAUACGCAACGUGAAGGAUUUGAUACAACAGAAAUUGCUCGGCGGUGUCGAUCAUCACGGUCAUGGUUGGCAUGAGUCGUACGGACAGCCGCACGAGGCUUUCUUCUACGUGGAGUUGGUGUGCAACGUGUGGUUCUUUAUCGAGGUGCUCAUCAGGCUAAUUGUUUCGCCGAAUAUUUGGCAGUUCAUCAAAUCGCCGGUCAAUAUAAUUGACUUCACCGCCACGCUUAGCUUUUACACGGACGUCAUGCAACGUAUGGGCGAAUACACUGGGCUGCUGGAGGCUUUCUCGAUAGUACGCAUUAUGCGUCUCUUCAAGUUGACGCGACAUUCGCCUGGUCUUCGCAUACUUAUACAUACAUUCAAGGCCUCAGCGAAAGAGCUGACGUUGCUGGUAUUCUUCUUAGUGCUUGGUAUAGUGUUCUUCGCCAGUUUGGCUUACUAUGCGGAGAAGUUGCAGGACAACCCUGAAAAUCAGUUCAAGAGCAUACCACUUGGUCUCUGGUGGGCCAUAGUCACUAUGACCACUGUCGGUUAUGGCGAUGUGGCACCGAAAACGUAUCCGGGCAUGUUUGUAGGCGCGCUUUGUGCGCUUGCUGGCGUAUUGACGAUAGCACUGCCGGUACCCGUCAUCGUUAGCAACUUUUCCAUGUUUUACUCGCACACGCAGGCACGUUCGAAACUGCCAAAGAAACGCCGGCGUGUGCUACCCGUCGAGCAGCCGCGUCGCAAACGUGAACAAGGACCACCGACACGUGGCCGUGCGAACGCCAUUAAACAGACAACUUCACUGCCACAUGGCCACCAUGGCGGACACGCCGGGCAUUUGUUGAGCGCCACCGGCCUGCAUCAUGGCGUUGCGACGGCGACGCCGGCAACAGCGACGACGAUGUUCAAGGAUCCUUUCGGCGGUGCCAAAAUCGCGGAUUACUUGAGCGUGCCGCAGGUACAGAGUUUGCAGCCGCGCGCCGCCACAACGGGACAUGACUUUAUGCUGCCACUGCAACCUAAGCUGCUAGCGCCAUUAGAAUGCAAAGAUCAUCACGCGCUGCAGUUGGCGCCGCAACAUCUGCCUGGCGCCGAUGGCAUGCACAACGGUGUCCAAUUACAUCACACGCAGGCGCCCUACCAUAUCACCGGCGCGCAUCACUGCCUCAACAGCGGCGGCGGCGUUAGUGGUGGUGGCGUUGGCAGCACGGACAACAUCAGCGGCAGUCACACGGGCAGUCGCGCUGCGUUAAAUGUGCCGCCCACUAUUAGUGUGGCCUCCGCACAAAUGCCGCCCGGCGUACGCACACCCAACCUGAGCGCGCGCGCUGCACAAAUAUUGGCCGCGCAGCAAAUGCGUGAGUCUGCCGCCAGCGCUGGUCACGGCAAUGUGCAUCAUUCGAGUGGUUGUAAUAUAACGAUUGCGGUCAAUGAUGGCGGCGGUGGUGCGUUGCUGGAGAUGGAGAACUCCAAUCAGCAUACGCAACAUCAUCACCCACCGCCGAAGGUGACGCUGCUGGACGAUGGUUGCAGCAGCGAUUACGCCAAUGCGACGGAUGAGGGCGAGGACGACUAUGAGAGCCGUAAUGGCAGUGUUAAUGAGUAUACAAAUGGUGAUGAUGGCGAUGGUGUUGGUGCUGGUGGUGGUGGUAGUAGAGGUGGCAGCGGUGGCCGCUUAUACGGCACCGAUUUGCGCUGA